AUGGCUAGACGCCGCAACAAGAAAAAGCCGCGAAAGCCACCGGCCCGCACCGAGUCUAGUGAAAACGAUAGACUCGUUUCCCCGCAGCAUGUCGAUGCGAGAACGAAUAAUGGGCGGUCUCGAGGUGCGAGCGAGCAUGUGUACGAGCCGGAGUGCACGAAUCUGGAUCAAGGUUUCAGCGAGGAAAGCAUACGGCGUCAACUUGGGUUUGGGGGCGGAAGCCCAGCACGGACGAAUCCGUCAAUACACAGGACAUGGGACGAAAGCGGGGUGGAUUCGUGGUCGUAUGCAUGUGGCUCGUAUGCGUCGCUGGGUGGUAUGGCUCCAUCAUUCAGUCCUGGUGAGUGGGAGACGUGGCAGAAUUGUGUGUAUCAAGGCUCAUUUCUGCAUGGUGAUGUUGCUGGGGCUCAGAGAGAUGCGGAAGGCAUGGUUUUUGGGACGUCAUCUUGCGGGUCUGUAGCGAAGCGGGGGGAGGGGGAGCCGCAGUGGGAUAUUAAUGCGUACUUUGCGCCGCUGGGUACACGUCAUAUGCAGGUGGUGAGGAGGGGAAAUGGGAGGGCAAGAGACGAGUGGGAGUGUGACUUUUGCGGACUCGAGUGCUUUUGCUGGGGUCUGACAGACGGAGUAGCAGACCAACAGGCGGUGUCAUUGUAG